AUGUCCACUGGUACUGCUGCGCCCGCAAGGAGCCCGUCUGCCUACGUCCCGUCCGCGAGACGGCGCACCUCUACCACCCCCGGUCGCCAACGAAGCUAUACUGAGAUGGCUCUGGCCCGGACAACCCCCGUCCAUGGCAGCAUGCCUGCACAAAGGUCCAAGACCCCUGCCGCUACGCGGUACACCGCUCGGCCAACGGCAGCAUACACCAUGCAAGAGACGCGGGCAAUGACCCCUGGAUCGCGCGUGCCAGUCCUAUCCGCAAAUCCCCAUGUUGCAUCCCCUGGACCUUCCUCGAGGCCCGCUGCAGCCGCCCGGGGGCCAAGCGUGUACGCGAGGCAGCCAUACCCUGCCGGCAUCGCCCCGGGGCAGGCCUUUAACACAGCUGCAGUACCCGACGCUUCCGGCUGGCCGACGCGAACUUCGCCCUCAGCAACCCUCUCGCCACUCUUCAGUGCGCCUUCGGUAGCCCUCUCGCCGCUCAUCCAUACCCCUUCAGAAACCCUCUCGCCGCUGCUUUACACGCCCUCGGCAAACCUCUCCCCAUCUUUCCCGAACACCGGGCGGCCGAACGUCCCUACAGUCCCUACAACGGCAACAGCUUCUCUUGGUCAGAUGACCACAGCCACAGCACAGCGGCGCCUCACAUACGGGGACAACCCUUACACCGCGUUGCGGGCUGCGUACACCGCCACCAAGCCAGCCGUGCCCGGCAUCGGCUCUGCAUCUUCGGGCGUACCGCCGGACGCCGCCUGGCCGGCCUCGGCGGGCUUGAGCGGGCGGUUCCAGGACCCAGGUGACGACUGGGUCAGCAGCUACGAGUUUUCAUCUGGUGAUGUCAUCCGAGAGCUGCAGCGCGUUUUGGCCGGGCUCUCGCGCCUGAGUGGCCUGGCGCCAGCGCCCAUGGAGGCCCGAGCGCCGCCACGUCAGCUACCCACAACGCAGGACCUGCCUACGGCGUCAAGCAGGCCAAGUGCUACCCAUGCGCAGCCGCUGUCAACAGGACAUUCUGUGGCAGAUCAACCGAGCCAUCGCUUCGACGGCAGCUCUUCUAACAUGGCGGACGCUGCAAGGCAAGAGCACGCGCAGGUAGCCGCGCACCGUGGAAGCGGCACGGACGAUCGAGCUGCCAAGGACGUGCUCGUGCCUUACCCGCGGCAUGCAUGGGCGGAGCGUGACUCGGCGUUAAGCCAAACACCCAGUCCACCACCAGCUGCAGCACCGGCGCCAGGACCAGCAGCCGUUUUGGGUUCGCCUUCCGAAGGCCAGCUGUGGACGGCAUUGUCGGCACUGUUGACGACGGGUUUGCCGGCAGCUGAUCCACUCGGACCCGCCCCCAUCGUCCAAAUGGAUGCCACCGGCACGACCAACACCGAUCCUGCUGCUAACGCCGCCGCCGCCGCCGCCACCGCAGGGGUUUCAGAGCCUCGCCCAGUCUUGCCAUUAGCUUACCAAGCGCCACAUCAAGACUCCACCCGACCCGGACAACAGGCUGCAGCAGGUGCAGUCGCGGAGGGGCUAUCCGGAUCACCGGCUGAUGCACCCGCAGCCCAACCUACACCCGGCGGCAGCGUUCAGGUGGCGUCUGAGGCAGCGGUGCAGCCGGCUGAUGCAGCGGCACCCGACCGGUCCCUAGGAGCUGCUAGCUCGGUGGCGCCGGCUGGUCUGCCCGCGGGUCUACCAAGUAACGUCCUCACGGAGCUUUUUAGCGUGGUACAGGCAUGCAACCAGACGACAUCGCGGCUACUGGCUGAUCUGGCGGCUGCCCGAAAGGAAGCAGAAGUUGCGAAGGAGAGGGCGGAGGAGGCGGAUUCUCUUGCUCGUGCGUUUCAGCAGCAGCUCAUCUUGCGGCAAAGGAGUGUGGCGGCGUGGCAGACUGCACUGGUUGAGAUGGAGGAAAGGGAGGCGUUAGCCCGGAAACAGUUACAGGAGCUGCAGGAGCGCUGUGCGGAGCAGGAGAAGCGUGCUGAGCAAGCGGAGCACGUUGCCGCAACCGCGCAGCUGCGCCUGGAGCGCCUCAUCGCGACGCAACGGGCCGGCCAGUCGGAGGUGGACACAUCUACAGGCAGCUCGUCACCGCCGGAGCAGGUCGGGAACCUGCGAGCGGACCUGGCAGCGGCGAAAACGUGGGCGACGCGGGUGGAGCUGGAGCUGGCCAUGGCGCGCAACAAGGCGCUCAUCGCGCAACAGGAGCUAUCGGCUGAGGAGGAGCGCGCUCGGCGCGCCGCGGCUGCGGCUGCUGUGGCGCGCCAGGAGCUCGGCCGCACACGCGCGGCGUUGGAGAUUAUGAGCGUCGACCAUGACCGGCUGCAGACCCAAUUGGUUGACCUCCGUGGCAAGAUUGGAGACGCCGCUGAGGGCUGGCUUUCAAGCUCCAGCAGGGCGGACUUGUUUGGGCCCAACGACAAGCGGCAGCAAACGCAGCAGAGGCCGCCUUCUUCACAGCCGGCAGGGAGCGUGCCAUCGCCACUGACUCAGCACGCCAGUUCGAAUCCAAGGGAGGGCGCCCAGGGCCUAGCUCCAUCGUACUCGAUCACUGCAAGCACGGCAGCGGGCGCUGCGGGUGCGGGUGCGGGUGCAGGCGCGGACAGCCCCAACAUGGACAGCCCCAAUCCAGGUGGACUCACCCGGGACAUGCACACGGCAUCUCCAGGCGAGGGCGGGGCCGGCGAGGGCGGCAAGCUCUCACACCGGCCGUCUCUUAUCUCAACACGGUCCAGCGCGGCGAGGAGUGGCAGCAGUGGCAAGAACAGCAGUGGCGGCGGCUCGCGUUCCUCGUCGCCGUCACGGCCGCGUAACAGAUCGGGAUCAUCCGCGCAGCGGCGGCGCGGCGGCUCACUCCUGCUCGUGCCGCCCUGUGAGAUGCCUGCGGACACUUGCGCAUCGGUGCGCUACGGCCAGUGCAUGGCCCUUCGUCGGCAGAGCCGGUCGCAGGACACCGGCUUGCUGGAAUCGCCAAGCGGUGGAGACGACGAGCCGGACGGCUUGAUGGUUGGGCGGGGCGCGUCAGGCCGGACACGGUCCCCUCGUGCCAUGUCAGGCUCGCACGAUGGCGUGGUACGGCGUCAGCACACCGUGGGUAUCGAUGAUGGAGAUGGUGCUGCGCGGGCGGCAGCGCCGCCCUCCGUCAAAGCUACCGGUGUUGGCUGCAACGAUGACGGAGAUGUGGAUCGGGAGGGUGCUGGAGGCGCGGCGGGUUUGCGAAACGCAGGCAGCAUGCAUCGCGGCGGCGGGGUGACGGAGGAGAUGCUGCCGCUUAACCGGACACCAUCCUCUGGAGUCCGUCGGAGGCUGCCUACCCUCCAGACGAGUCAGGGAAGUCAGGGCCGGGAUGUGCAGCUAUCACUGGCGCCGCCGCAGCAGCAACACAACAGGAGUCGGGAAGGCAGCGUGAACUUGUCGUUGUCGGAUCUUCGGCGUCAGAUGGCGGCAGCAACGGCGGCGGCGGCGGCAGCGGCGGGUGCUGCACCAGACGCUCCUCAGACAGCGCAGCGGCAGCAGACGGCAGCAGAUGGCCUGACAGGCAGGACCACGAUGACAAAGGCGACGACGAUAGCAGUAGCACCGGCGGCGGCGGCGAAAGCGCAUACCGGUGCGCCCGCCGCAGCUGCCGCUGCCGUCGUUGGCAAGGACAGGUCGUCCUCAUCGCAGAUGCCGAAGCAGCUAGAACAGCAGCGAGAGCAGCAACAACCAACGCCGCAGCUACGUGCGCAUCAGAGCCAGGCGACAUGCGGAUCCCCAACCGCUUCUACCACCACCACGCUCAGCUCAUCUGAGGCCAGUAAAGCACGAUCAGCCCUGCCAGACCUGCGGCCGCCGCCCCUUGAGCAAUCCAAUUCCCCACCGGAUUACCCAAGGCACAUAAUUAACGCCGCAUCCGCCCGCGGCGCGUCCUCCAGCCACGGCUCGGCAGCACCAACCCCUGGCGCCGCACCACAGAUGGGGCUCCGUGAAGCUGUCGUUGCAGCCGCCGGCGUGCCAACACUGCUGCUCACGAACCCGUCUUACCGGCCCCAGGCCGGCACCGUAGCCACCAUGACACAGCCGUCACGGCUGGGUAGGACAGCCACCGUGGACACCAGACCGCCGCAGGGCUACAACACCAGCCAUAUAAACGACCUGUACGAAAGCAUGCAGUCGCGUGGGUCGUGGGGACUCCCAGCGGAUGCCCAUGGGCUGGUGUCGCACGCUCGCAGCUCGUUCUUGCCGCCGCCGCCGCAGCCGCAGCAGGCACUGAGAGGCGGCGCACGCGAGCAACAUGGGACGCUAGGUGCACGUUGGCAGACAGGGGCCGACAGCUCGGCCAUGACCACGGAUCCCUUACCACACGCGCCCAUUGCAUAUAAGACGGCGGCGGCGCACGCAGGUAUGCCACCGCGCGAGCUCGCCUUCACCUCCCGCACACGCAUGCUGUUCCCUGGCCAGCUGGACAGCUACCUGGUGAGCCCCUCCGUAACCAGUUCCAUGGCGGCAGAGGCCAGCUUCGAGGGCAGUUUGCCGGCCGCCAGCACGGCGCAGCCCUGGCAGCAGCAACAGCAGCCAACUCCGGCCCAGCAGCAGCUGCUGCGGGCAGCCGGCACCAGCAAAGCGGCUGCGGAAAGCCACUCGAGAGAGGAGGCGCGAGCGCCGGGUGUUCCUGAGGCGCCGAGAGAAAGUCCGACAGGGCGGCACCGGAGUGUGGGGCUCGAAUCACGUCGGCACCUGCUGGGCGGUGUUGCGUUGUGGGAUGCGGAUGCCUCCGGCAGCGAAAGCGGCCGCGCCGCCAGCAGGAGCCCGCGACAGCCCCGGCGGCCGUGGUGGCAGUGGAUCUUAAGGCGGCACAACCGGCGAGCCAAGGGACAUAGCCCUGGUCGCGGACGCCCGGUCCCAUCUGUGACUGGCACCGCCGGCUGGGGCAGCGAUGGCGGCGCAGCCGCCACCGCUGCCGGCCCAGAUUUCCGGAAGCUAGAGGCUGCAGAAUAUAAGCACACGGUUCACAUGGACACCGCGAAGAUCACGGUCAACCGGGCGCCAGCUGAUCAGCUCGGGGCAGGGGAAGGCGCGCACAAAAAUAGCUCUGCAGGCAGGUCGUUGGCCCACGGCCGCAGCAGCAGCGGCGGCGGCGCUGGCAAAGGCAAAGGCCGUUUCAUUUGGUCGGCGCUGCUGCACUUUGGGAUGUGGUCCGGCGGUAUGGCCGUCGGCGUCGCGCUGGUGCUAGGCGCGGCGAGUUUUGUCGAAGGAACGCUGGGAAUUGGCGCCAGAAAGGGGGCUGCUUUGGCGGUGACGCCAGCGGGUGAUGAUGACGAGAUGUGUGGCGGCUGUGCGGCCCCACAGCCCCCCAAAAAUGAUUACCAGGAGCGCGCAAAGGCGCCAAGGGAAUGA